GACCGCGUGUCGAUUGUACUUCUCUCAAACCCGCUCUUUCGCUGGCGAAAACAAAACACGGAUACCCUUGGGAGGCCAAAGCUGCUGCUCUGCACACGCGCGAAACAAUAAAAUUUUGUAGUUCCGUUCAGUGAUGAGAAAUUACUAGUGUGAAUUCAAGAUGUUGAAAAAUUUGGUGAGAUUUAGCGUGCGAGAGAGCCCAUUAAAAUCACUGGUAGCAAGGCCGUCGACACGCAAUGGCGAACAGCGUCGCUUCCUCAACAUUCACGAGAACCAAGCGUACACGCUGCUCAAGUCGGCGGGCAUCCCCACGCCGCCUUUCGGAGUUGCAAAAACUGCCGACGAAGCGUUCGAGAUAGCCAAGAAGCUCGAUUCCAAAGAUCUCGUACUGAAGGCACAGGUUUUGGCUGGUGGCAGAGGGAAAGGGCACUUUAUCGGCAGCAACGUCAGUGGCGUUGUGAUGUGCGGCACGCCGGAAGAGGCGAAAGAUUUGGCGAGCAAAAUGAUCGGCAAGAAGCUGGUAACGAAGCAAACCGGAGAAGCCGGCAGGAUUUGCAACUCGGUAAUGGUGACGACGCGCAUGUUCACGCGCAAAGAGCUUUAUCUGUCCGUGAUGAUGGAGCGCAGCUUCGACGGCGCGGUAAUAAUAGCAUCGAGCGAGGGUGGAGUGAACAUCGAGGACAUCGCGGCUACGAAGCCGGAAGCCAUCAGCUACACGCCCGUGGACGUGCGCAAGGGCUUGUCGUGCGAGCAGGCCGACGCGAUUUCCUGCGGUCUGGGCGUCGAAGACCCAACUGUGGUCUCCACGAUCGUUUGCAAUCUCUACGAGCUCUUCAUUCAGAAGGACGCUCUCCUGCUGGAGAUCAACCCCCUCGUACAGGACUUGUGCGGACAAUACUUCGCGCUCGACUGCAAGUGCAACUUCGACGACAGCGCGAGCUUUCGGCAGAAGGAGCUUUACGCGCUGCAGGAUUGGAGCCAGAAAAACCCCAACGAGGUGAAGGCCGACAAAAUUGGUUUGAACUAUAUCCCUCUCGACGGCAACAUUGGGUGUAUGGUUAACGGUGCGGGUCUGGCCAUGGCGACGAUGGACAUUAUCAAGUUGUAUGGCGGAGAGCCGGCUAACUUUCUCGACGUUGGCGGUGGGGCGAAAGUCGAGACUGUUACCGAAGCUUUCAAAAUUAUCUCGUCGGAUCCCCAUGUGGAAUCUAUUUUCGUCAACAUCUUCGGUGGUAUCAUUCGGUGCGACAUUAUAGCUGAAGGCAUCAUCGCAGCUUUCAAGGACUUGAAACUCAACAUUCCCGUAGUUGCUCGACUCCAAGGUACUAACGCCGACAAAGGUAAGCAGCUGAUACGCGACGCCAAAUUAAAGAUCAUCCCAAUCGAUGACAUGGCUGAAGCAGCAGAGGCAUGUGUCUCCGUAGCGGAUAUCUGCCGACUAGCUCGAAAUCUCAAUCUCGACAUCGAGCUCACACCUAAGGCACCACCUAAGAAAUUUACACCGUCAGAACAGCCAAAGAUGGCCACCAUGUUGUCGCGAACUAUUAGCCUCGCCGAGUCGCUUGGACGUCUUAAUGGCACCAAGAUGUUGGCGUGCGCGAGCUUGAGCAAGCAGCCGACGAGGAAUCUCAAUGUGCACGAGCACAUCAGCUACAGUCUGCUGAACGAGCACGGUAUACCGACGCCCAAGUUCGGCAUUGCCAAGACUGCCGAUGAGGCUGCCAAGCUCGCCCGGGACUUGAAUACCAAGGACAUCGUGCUGAAGGCCCAAGUGCUCGCCGGCGGACGUGGCAAGGGCCAUUUCAAGGGCACCAAUGUCAGCGGCGUCAAGAUGUGCGAGACGCCGGAAGAGGCGAAGCAGCUGGCAGCUCAGAUGCUUGGCAAAUUGUUGGUGACGAAGCAGACGGGUGAAGGCGGCAGGAUAUGCAAUGCGGUGAUGGUCACGCAGAGGAUGUUCCCACGCAAAGAGUACUAUCUAGCCGUGAUGAUGGAGCGCGCGUUUGGCGGUCCGGUGAUCAUCGCCUCGAGCCAAGGCGGCGUCAACAUCGAGGAGGUCGCGGCGUCGAAUCCACAGGCCAUCAUGUACGAGCCUAUCGACAUUAACAAGGGCAUCACGAAAGAGCAAGCUCAGAGGAUCGUCGCCAAACUGGGUCUGGAUAACGUCAAGGAUUACAUCACCGAGCUGAUACUCAACAUGUACAAUCUGUUCGUGAAGAAAGACGCGCUGCUCAUCGAGGUCAAUCCUCUCGCCGAGGACAUCAAUGGCCAAUACUUUGCGCUGGACGCUAAAUGUAGGUUCGACGACAACGCCGAGUUCCGUCAGAAAGAUCUGUUCAAUCUUCGUGACUGGACGCAAGAAGAUCCCAAAGAAGUGGAAGCUGCCAAAUUUGAAUUGAAUUACAUUGCUCUCGACGGAAAUAUCGGUUGUAUGGUUAAUGGUGCUGGACUUGCCAUGGCUACUAUGGACAUCAUUAAAUUGCACGGAGGUGAACCCGCAAACUUUCUUGACGUUGGUGGUGGUGCUACUGCUCAGGCUGUCAAAGAGGCUUUCAAAAUCAUCACUUCUGAUCCGAGGGUUCACGCACUAUUAGUUAACAUUUUCGGAGGUAUCAUGAGGUGCGACGUUAUUGCCGAAGGUAUCAUUGCGGCGACAAAAGAACUUGAUCUCAAAAUACCUGUUGUUGUUAGACUACAGGGAACCAACGUCGAUGAGGCCAAAGCUCUAAUUGCCACUGCAGGUCUGAAAAUCGUCCCUGUCGACGAUUUGGACGAAGCGGCUAGAAUUGCAGUAAAACUUUCCUCCAUUAUGAAGCUCGCUCAGUCGGCGAAAAUCAGCGUCAACUUUGAAAUUCCUCAGAUCUCCUAAGCUACUCUCUAGUUGAAAAUUUGGAUGAAGCGUUUUUAAGAAAAAUAUAAUAGAAAAUCGGUGGUAACUAACAUGGAAAGAAUAUGUGAUGCGAUGACUUUUGUUUCAAAGAGUCUUGCAACUAUUCGACCCGAGAAACAAUGUAAAUGAGUUGUGCGUAAUUCGAACCGUUUUCGAUACAUACGUACAAUUACAAAGUAACUAUUGGUGAUCACGCGUAAUUACGUGGUAUUUGUUCAUUUUUUUAAAUAAUUCCACGUGUUUGAAUACGAUUGCAAAUUGCAUUUUGGCUGUGCGCAAUCGACUUCAAAGAAUAUGCAUAGCUCAUAGUGAUUCUAUAUCUCGGGUUUUAUUGUUCCAGAUGACCGUAUGUUUGAACGCGUUUCUAUUGAAAGUCUUUUUGGUGCUCUCCGCACCAUAAUCUUACGAGGCAUCAACCUGCCAUAAGUUGAAUAUCGACUAUUUAUUAAUUUUAAAAAUGAUUAUUUGCGAGCCAUUGAAUAGACACUGCUUUCAGUACAUUUUCCUUUCUUCCUAUAAUUUCAAUUGCCGAAUGGUUAAAGAUGAAAAAUAAUUUUAAUGGAAUGCAAAAAAUGUUGCCGUAUUAUUUUAUUUUUUAAGUAAUUUAUUUUUAAUUCGGCCUUUACAUUUUAUUUAUUUUCCACCGGAAUGGAGUUACAUAUGCGCUUCAGUAUUACAAACUGUAAAACUAACCGCUUGCAUAAUUAUGAGUCUUCUAAAUGCUACUUGUAUAGGAAUCUCAUAUUGCAAAGGUGUUAACAUCAAAAAGGGUGACGAGAAGCAAUGUAAUCAUAAAAAAUAUAUUACUGCGUUUCUGUGAACCUAUCUAAUGUAAUAUAAUAUACAUAGUUAUAUACAUAAAUUAUUUUACAUACA